AUGGAUUAAUAAUCUGAACCAAAUACCCAAGAAUAGGUUAUAAAAUAAACGGAUGAGUAAUCAUAAUCCCCUCAAACAAUCCUCCAAUAAGAGACCAUUAAAGAAGUCGUUUAUCCAGAUGUCUAAAUCUAAAUUUUCAUUGAAGAUGCAAUCAUCAAGGAUGCAGGAUUUGGAUAAAAAUUCACAGCUUACUUGAUUAAAGGUUCAGACAAUCAAGGAUCAUUUGAAAUCUACAGAAGAUAUAAUGAUUUCUUUGAAUUAAGAGAAUUAUUGGUUAAGAAAUGGCCAGGAUGCUACAUUCCACCAAUUCCUGAAAAAGCAUUAGCAAGUGGCAAUGACUAAGAGACUGUAUAAAUUAGAAAAAGACUAAUGGAAGUCUUUUUGAUAGCCAUUUCAUAAUUACCCUACAUUUAUUAUUCCGAAGAUUUUUAGUAGUUGUUUUUAAGAUCCAAUUCUUAAGAUAUUGCAAAAGUAAACAUCAACGUUAUAAUAAUAAGGUAUAUCAACAGUAAAAAGCACCUACCACAACUGAAAUUAUUGAUAGAUUAAAGACAGCCUUCCCAAACCUUGAUGUAAGAGAGUAAUAAAACAGUGAAUAUAUGUUGGCCAUUAGUACGUUUUCAGGAUAAUUAAGAAAAACUUAGGCUACUCUAAAAAUAUAUAUUGAUUAAUCUAAUAUUGUUGCAUAAGCUAGAAGAAUGCUAUAGGAUGAAAAAAGUAUUACAAUAUUAUAUAUUAGUGAAUUUAUUUAAUGGAUCUUUGCCACUUUAUGAAAAGACUAUACUUAAUGAGUAUGUUUAUGGUAAAGAGUAAUAAUUAGUACUCUCAAAUCCUUCAAAUCAAGAUGAAUAUAAAAAGAUUCUAGAAGAAAUUGUAUAAAUUCUCACAUAUGAUGUUAAUAGAAAGAUAAUAAUAAAAAAUAAAAUAGCAUCAAUUAUUUAACUGACUUGUUUAGAUAUGAAUUGAAAGAUGCUGAAUCUAUGUAACAAACCCUAAUCUACAGAGAUUAAAUUAUCGUUAUAAGAGCUAAAUAAGAAUAAAAAAUGAGAGAAGACUAAGCUGAAUUAGCAAAAAUGGCUGCAAAAUAAUAAACUUUAACCACUAUCACUAAUUCUACAUUUAACAAAUCGAAAGAUGCUUCAUAAGUUAAAGUCGAAUCAAGAAUUUCAGAAGUAAAUUAUUAAUAAUAAUUAGGGAUAACAAGAAAUAGACAAACUAUCUACUUUAUAUAAUAUAAUAACAGCAAUUAUAGCCACUAAAGAAAUUGAAAAAUAUAGAAAGGCUAGGGUCAAUCAUUAUCAUAAAUUUUUGAGAUCUAUAUAAUAAUCAGAGGCUAAAUUAUAUCAAAUUGAAAAUGAUUUUUUGCAAAAACUUAUACAAGAGUCUUAAAAAUAAUUAUAAUAAUCAAAGUAAGAACAAGAUUAAAAAUAAGAACUAUAAUAAGAAUAAUAUAAAGAACAAUAAUAAUAUAAAGAACAAUAAUAAUAAUAAUAACAAUAACAAUAACAAUAACAAUAAUAAUAAUAAUAAUAAUAAUAAUAAUAAUAAUAAUAAUAAUAACAAUAAUUUUAAGAGUAGCCCUAGGAAUAAUAAGAAUUACCUGAUCAAGAAUAACCAAAAUGA